UGGUGACAAGAAUAACCAAUCGAAAUAAACGAAGGAAGAUGGUAUAUCGGGACAGUUUGCAGACAGACGAUCCCAGAGAUGCACCGAAACUGGUCCGCAUGUCUCCGUUGCGUAGCAGCAGACAAAUCAAUUCGGCCGGCCCGAAUUCGCGAACUGCCGUCACUAUUAAGGGUCCGACUUGUCAUACUUCAUACGCGAUGCCGAUCGAUUCCCAUCGGGCGCGACUAAUUGAGGAGAGGCGAUUGGGUCGCGAGCGGGACAUUGAGUCGGUCGAAAAGGUGAUCAUGAGGACCACCGGUAUAAAAAUUGGAGCGCCUAGAUUACGUAACAUCAAUCAGAUUCGCGAAACAGUCUUCGUGGAGCAGUCGCUUACGCCGAUGGAUCAGAUUGGUAAGCCAGAUUUGAGAAAUCGACCGCGAAGCGUCGCGAUUGGUCUCGAAGAUGGCAACGUCAGAACACCGAGGACUCACAGUUCCCUUCUGGCGGACCUGAAAGACCUAGAGAGACUGAGAAAUACUCCAACAAGGAAUCACAAAAGUUUUUCGCAAAGAAUGGAAAAUUCGGAGUCAAAGUUGAUCUUGAAAAAGUACGACGCGCCGACUUCAGCCAAAAUUCGAUCAGACAUCUUUAAGAUUCAACAGAUGUUCCAGUCUGUAGAUCCUUCGUCGAGGACGAUUAGGAGCAGCAAUGACAGGAAAAUAAAAGAUACAGAGAAAGAGAAGAAGAAACCUGGAACAGAGAUGAAUAGGACUCGGUUGCUGGCGCAAAAGCUUCUGGAAGCGUCGAGAAGUAAUCGGGAGUCGAAGGUAAAUCAUCAAUAUAAAAAUCCAAAGAACGCGUCCAACAGAUCAUCGAAUAAGGAAACAAACGGAAAAGCAUCGAGUAAGGUCCAUCAAGAGAGAAUUUUAGAAAAGGAUUCGAAAGAUAAGCACAUUACGAGCAAGCAGAAAGAGGAAACAAAUUGGGACGAUCAGCCGCAUCCGCCAGCUCGUAGAAGGCGAAACUCCAAGAAUCGAGGAUGGAAGGAUGCAGAUCAUUACGCAAAUGAGCCCGAAGAUCGAGGGUUUUGUAAUUCUUUCAAUCGCGGGAAGGAGUUGUCAAACGGGACAGCGAGUACGGAAGAGAAUUGCAAGGCCAGUUCUAAUCUGGAAAGACCGGAUAUUCUAGACGGGCUGCUGAAGGAGUCCAACCAGCAGCUAGCGAACCUGAAAAGCGAUCUAGGCGAGAGAGGACGUUCGCGGAGUCAUUGGCGAGGAUUCGUACAAUCCAUGAGGCUACACGACGUGGAGCUCCAUUCGGACAGCGAGGAUCAGCGGAAGGACUUGAACCUGUGGAACAAGAGCAUCAGCCAGCGCUGGCGGAAGCUGCGACGAAGAUGCUCCGUCCAGGAGUCGUCGGAGCCGCAAGAGGCGCUGAUACAGAGUGGCACGAAUCACGCGGUUAUACACGCGGUAAGAUCGACACCGGCUAGCAGAGAGGCCUCACCGGCCGCAAAGAGUCUUCAGGAUGGGAGUUCGUCGAAGAAACUGUUACAAACCAGUUCCCUGAGGCUUCCAGGCACGACGAAGGGAAUUGCCGAUAUUCAACAAGUGCUCCGUAGCAAGUUCAGCAAGAUAAACGCCGGCAUCAGGAAGCGGAAGGCUCUUAGCGUGACGGAGGUGUUUCCCCCGCAAAAGGACAACGCCUCCAACUUUUACGUGCCAAGUCCACUCACCUCGUCGUCGUCCAGUCAGACCUUUGAGGAAAAUCGUUACGAUUCGAGCGAGCCCACAUCUCUUCCACCUUAUCCCUUUCACGACAAUUUGGAAACCCUGGCGGAGAGCAGCGUUCCGAACUCACCUCAUUGUUCCGGUCCUCUUACCGGCAACGGCGACGCCUUCACUUAUUCCCAAGACAGUUACGAGCAGAAGGAUCUUUACGAGAAUAUGAUGUUUUCGAGAUCCUCGCCGUCAUCCUGCUGUUCGAGAAUUCGUCCCGUUCUUCAACGGAGCAAUUCAGAAAACCACGAUGCCAGUGUGCAGGAUCAUUCUUAUGAGAAUAUACGUUUCCAGCGUCAAACCGGCAACGAUCUGAUUUCGAGUCCUUACGCAGGAAGACAUCUGGCUAGAAGUAAUUCCGAGACCAGAGAUCACUCGUACGAGAACGUGCAUUUCCAGAAGAGCAGUAAGACCAGAAAUCAGUCGGAACCGUCAUUCGAAGAAAUACAUAUACCCAGAGUGACACCGCGGAAGAGGUCCACUGACUUCAAAGUCGGCGGACAGGUGAAUAAUUACACGGGCGAGGCGACAUUGAACAAUAGUAACAAGGAAGAUGCACCGUGUAGUCUGGGUGCUGACAGGAGUCCAGGUAAAAGGAACCCGAGAAAACACAACAGCAGAAGCGUCGCGAAUAUCCCAAGUUCUUCGGGCGCAAAUUUGAAGACUUGGCAAGGUACUCAAGAUGCGGAUGAAGGCUUGAACACGGACUCGGAACUCGAAGACAUCGACGAGGCCGCCGAAGGCGAAGAGUCGCGCUUUUGUACCUUGCCGAGACCCAGUAAGGGUGGCGCUUCCUUCACGAUAUUGACUGCUAGAUUUCUCAAGGGUCCCGGGCACAAGGGACUCGGCUUCAGUAUCGUCGGUGGUACCGAUAGUCCUCGCGGAAAUAUGGGAAUUUACGUGAAAACCGUUUUCCCUAACGGCCAAGCCGCCGAUCUAGGCACUGUCAAGGAAGGGGACGAAAUUUUAUCGAUAAAUUCGAAACCUCUUCAUGGCAUGACACACGCUGAGGCCAUCGCUGAAUUCAAGUCAGUAAAGGCUGGGGACGUUGUUCUGCAUGUAGGACGUCGCGUGAAUAAGAAGAAGAGAGAAUCCUUGACUCUGGCUCCGGUUAAUCCUCCUGCUCCGAGACAACCCGUCAAGUGAAUUAUGACGUAAAAAGUUCCGAUGAUGAACGAUUUUUUUUAUAUACCGAAUGUUUUUCUAAAACCUUUUCUAACUAUUCAUAACAUAGCAAUAUCGAUAAUUAUUGCUAGCAAUAAUACCCGAUAAAUCGAGGUAGAUUAUUUAUGAAUCACUUCCGCUUUCUCAACUUUCUGUUUUGUGAGGCAAAUUUAAGGGUCAAAUUUCCACAUCUUAGAUUAUAAUUUUAUUUCUUGUUUUUUUUGUAUUUAAUUAGAGUUUUCUGAAAAAGCGCAGCUGGAAAAAACAGAAUAUGUAAGCGAGUAGAGACUGAGAUUCGAUGGAGUAUGGGAUGGCUUAAGUGGUUGCCUAUAAAGAGGAAGGUCUUUAGGAUCGAAUCAUGAUAGGGUCCGGGUGUUUUUCCUCUGCUCGGAAAAAUGCUGCUUCCACUAUAUUUGUCUCACAUCUUCGGGAUUAAGAUUUUAAAGGUGAGAAGAUAUAAAAUUAUCUGCUCAUAUAUUUGUGUCCGUGGUAAGUUUCAAUGAACUUAUCAAGAGAUUCGCUGUAUAUAUUUAAGACAAGAAGUCUGCUAGGACAACGAUACCGUUUUUAUGAUCGCGAAUCAAGGCAUUAUCAAGAGAUUUCCGCUUUAUUUCAUCGAUAUACAAUAAAUGACCAAACUGAUAAAUCAUUAAAAAAGCGACUUAUCAAUAAUAAGUAAUGUGUCUAAUCUGAUAUAAUCAAACGGUGACGCGGAUGUUGUCGAAUCAAAACAUUUUAUCGUGUACAACGUGGUCGAUAUCUAUUCGGCUAUUUUAAAUAUAUAUAUCAAACAUUAAUAUUUAACUCAUAAUUCAUCGUCUAAUACUAUUUAAAAUUAUUUAGAGGUACUUUGAUGUAACGAAAAAUCAAGCUUUCGACUUUUCUCACGGUUUUUCAUACAAAUAUACAUACGAAUAGAAAAUCGAUGAAUCAAACGAAUAAAUUUUUACGGAAUAUUA